AUGGCUCUGAAAGGGAUUAAAUUGGGUCUGGGCCUGGUCCUUGUGACAAUGUUCCUUUGUCAUCAUGAAGCUGCAGCUCAAUCAGGCUCAGGCUGCACGGGCGCCCUCAUUAGUUUAUCACCAUGCGUAAACCAGAUCACUGGAAAUUCCUCAACCUCAUCAUCUUCCUGCUGCACGCAGCUCGCCAGUGUCGUCCAGCAACAGCCGCAGUGUCUGUGCUCGGAGGUCAAUGGCGGCUCUCAAUUGGGUAUUUCUAUGAACCAAACUCUCGCUAUGUCACUACCGAGAGCCUGUAACGUGCAGACACCACUAGUUAGCCGCUGCAAUGGUGCUAAUGGUCCGGAAAGUUCUCCUGUGAGUCCUACAGAUUCUUCAGACGAAACACCUGAUUCUUCCACUACACCAACAAUGCCAAGCAGCCCUUCCGGGACUGGGUCGAAAACCACAACUGAUGGGACCAUGUCAAAUGGAAGCAGCAUCUGAAUGCCAUUGCCUCU